AAACAAUACUUGCAACUUCUGCCUUGAUAUGUGGUUAACUCUUGAAGGAAAAGUUUGUGUCGCAAUGACUGUUGCAUGUGGCCUACAGUAAAUGCAGUAUAAAUAUGUUUCAGUGGUUUUCAGGAUUGAGGAAGUAGGCUAACCAAGCUAGACAGUUCUUUACCCCGGUUCAUCCAGAUCGUCAGUCCACGAAUCAAACUUGGUUGACUACGUAAUUCUUGAGUCCGUUUUGUGUGUUUUUCUUUUUGGUUACGAGUACGACUGUACAGUAUACUAUGUCGCAGUCAGCACGCAGCACCACAAAAGAAUGAGGUUGCAGAUUGACUUGGACCAACUGGCAAUAAAUCACAAAGCAUACAAUUUGCCCCCUUCCCUCAAGUCUGCUGUCCCACUCUCUCAGCAACGAUACAUUUGUAGAAUAAGCUGGCAUCUUUUGAAUUUGUCUCACCCUUUGGAUGAAGCAUGUACUGGUCUGUGGGAUUCAGUGAGAUCAGUGGUGACAAAGAGAACAACAUGGCUGAACAAGAAGGCACCCCCGACAUGGGAGGCAAGCAGUCGGUCCUGGGGAACGGCGCCUUCGGCAAGUCGCCCACCCUGGAGAACAUCCAGGCCGCCUACAGGGACGGGGAGAGCGGGAAGGCUCAGGAGCUGAUCAGGAUCUCCUGCGGGGAGAGCGGAGGAGCCCGGCUGGGAAGGCUUGAGCUCCUGUGUGCGGCGGCUCAGCACGGAGACCUGGAAAGCGCGCGGUACCUGGUGCGGGAGGAGCGGGCACCCGUCCCGCGGGAGCCCAGCGAGGACAACCCCGCCAUCCUGGCCGCUCACUUCGGACACCCCCAGGUGGUGAAAGAGCUGCUGGACACCAUGCCGGCCCCCAGCGUCCCGCGCGACCUGCUGAACUGGAUGCUGGCCACGGCCUGCCAGCGGGGCCACCUGGAGGUGGUGAAGCUGCUGGUCCAGGGCUACAGCGCCGACGCGGAGGACUGCGCCAUCCGCAACGACGACUUCGCCGUCAUCACCGGGCUGCCCCUGUACGCAGCCGCGCAGGCCGGGAACGAGGAGAUCUCUUGCUUUCUGCUGCAGAAUGGAGCCGGCUUCUCAUCCUACACCCUGAUGGACCAUCCUGCCUUCUCCAGGCAACUGCUCAGGACUCAGUUUAUGGAGGAAAGUGAGGCAGAGGACAGCGGGGAAGUGGAGGACGCUCUCUUUGUGCGCUGGUCAGGGCUGAAGCUACCAUGGCUGGAGCUGGACUGGUUCAUCGACCUCUCAUCCCGCAUCACGCACCUGGACCUGUCUUCCAACGGCCUUUCGGCCCUCCCUUCGGUGGUCCCCUGGGGCCUCAUCAACCUCCACAGGCUGGACUUCUCCAACAACCAGCUGAAAGAGCUGCCCACUGCCCGCUCUUCCCAGGAGAUCAUCUGCACCCAGUUGCGUGAAGUUAACCUCUCUCAGAACGAGCUGGCUUGCCUUCCCUCUGGCCUGCUGCACCUGACCCGCAUUAAGAAGCUCACUGCAGCCAAGAACCAGCUCAAAGCACUAUUCGACAUCCCAAACGGGACCAACUGGAUUGGCCUCCGUAAACUGGAGGAGCUGGACGUCUCAGACAACCUCCUGUCGGCCCUCCCCUCCUCUGUGCUCCACUGCUUUAAGUCCCUGGUGUGCCUGAACGUGAACAGGAACAAGCUGACUGAGUUCCCUGACCCCUGGGCCUGCCCCCUGAAGCAUUGCAGAGCAGCUUCUAAUGAGAUCAGAAGCGUCCCUGACACGAUUUCCAUCUUCUGGAAGACUCCGCUGAAGGAGGUGGAUUUCUCAGAGAAUGCACUCAAGGAGCUGCCUGACCACAUUUUUGAGCUUGAGGGCCUGGUUUCACUGAAGCUCUGUGGGAACCAGCUUUCUGCUCUACCUUUGCCUGCAAAGUGGAAAUGCUCUCAGCUGAAAAUGCUGGACCUUUCCAGAAACCAGCUGGGGAAGAACGUGGAAGCCCCAAAAACCAAGAAACUGGCAUUCUUCACCACCUGGCACAGGAGAGAUCCAGACCCAGCAUCUACCAUCGAAUUUUCCACAAUACUGCGGGAUUCGCUGGAAGUGCUUUUCUUGAACGACAACCAGCUGGAGUCAGUGCCGCAGUCUGUGUGCAGUCUGAGGAACCUCUCUGAGCUCUACCUUUCCAAUAAUCCGGGAAUCCGAGAGCUGCCGUCUGAGCUGGGACAGCUGUCUAAUCUCUGGCAACUCGACAUCGAAGACCUUAACAUCAGCAAUAUCCCGCCCGAGGUCAAAAAGGAAGGACCCGCGGCUGUGCUGGGCUAUCUGAGGGCCCAUUUGAGGAAAGCGGAGCCCUGCAAAUUGCUGAAGAUGAUCGUGGUGGGACCGCCCCGACAGGGCAAGACCACCCUCCUGGAGGCCCUGCAGACGGGCCGGGUAGGCCAGUUCCUCCCCCUGGACUCCAGCAUCCGGACCUCAGCCUGGACUCUGGAGAGGCCCAGCGGAGUCAAAACCAAUGUGGAUUCAGUGGAGUUCAAUGUGUGGGACAUCGGGGGCCCUGCCAGCAUGUCUACAGUCAAUCAGUGUUUCUUCACGGACAAGGCGGUGUAUGUAGUCAUAUGGAACCUGGCCCUGGGCGAGGAGGCCGUGGCUAACCUGCAGUCCUGGUUAUUAAACAUUGAGGCCCGAGCCCCUAACUCCGCUGUGGUGGUGAUCGGCACGCACCUAGACCUCAUCGACACCAAGUUCCGGACCGAGAGGAUCGCCACUCUCCGUGCCUACAUCCUAGCGCUCUGCCGAUCACCCUCCGGCGCCAGGGCCAGCGGCUAUCCGGACAUCACUUGGAAGCACCUGCACGAAGUGUCGUGUAAGACUCUGGAGGGCCUGGACGGACUGAGGAGGCUCAUUUACCAGGUGUCCUGCUACAUGAAGGACACCAACGGCUCCUCCAGUUGCCAGAAAGUGGUUGGGAGGCUGAUCCCUAAAAGCUACCUGGUCCUGCAGGACGCGGUGAUCGCGGAGCGCGAGCGGAGGGAAGCCGACGAUGAGGUGCAGUACCUGACCGACCUCCAGCUGGAGCAGGUCAUCCACCAGGACCCCGGCAGUGACAUCAAGGAAUACGAGGACCCGCAGUCCGCCAUCAGCUUCCUGAUUGAGACGGGCACCCUGUUGCACUUCCCGGACACCAGCCACGGCCUGUGCAAGCUGUACUUCCUGGACCCGGUGUGGCUCUCGGAAUGUCUGGAGCGCAUCGUCCACAUCAAGAGCUCGCGCUCGGUGGCGCGCAACGGCGUCAUCCGGGCCGAGGACCUGCGCAUGCUGCUGGUGGGGACCGGCUUCACCCAGCAGACCGAGGAGCAGUACUUCCAGUUCCUGGCCAAGUUUGAGAUCGCCCUGCCCGUGGCCAGCGACAGUUACCUGCUCCCUCACCUCCUGCCCCCUAAGCCAGCCAUGGACAUCUACGGCUUCCGCCAACAGACCGCUAACACUAUCCAGCGCCUCUUCAAGAUGAGCUUCGUCCCAGCGGGAUUCUGGGAGCGCUUCAUUGCCAGGAUGUUGAUAAGCCUGACCGAGAUGGAUCUCCAGACUUUCGAGAACAGAAAGAACGCCAGGAGCCUGAGGAACCGCAACACGGUCAUUUACAGCUUCGCGGGCAACCAGCAGAGGAGCAGGUGCAGCACGUUCCGCGUCAGACGCAGCCAGACCAUCUACUGGAAGGAGGGGCUGCUGGUCACGUUCGAUGGGGGGUUCUUAAGCGUGGAGUCCUCUGACGUCAACUGGAAGAGGAAGAAGAGCGGGGGCAUCAAGAUCAUCUGCCAGUCGGAGACGCGAGACUUCUCCGCCAUGGCCUUCAUCACCGAUCACGUCAACUCCCUGAUAGAGCAGUGGUUUCCCGCCCUGACGGCCAGUGAGAGCGACGGUACGCUGCUCAUAGAGCAGUACGCCCCCUGCCCCGACUGCGCCGCCACGGCCGAGCAGAAGGGUGAGGAUCUGCCUGUGGACCCCAGCCCCAGCCCCAGCCCCGUGCACUACUUCAACAUGGAGCACUGCGUGAUGACCGCGGUGGAGAAAGACCAUGUGAUCUGUCCCAACCACCCCGAGCGGCCCGUGCCCCUGCAGGAGCUGGUUCCUGAGAUCUUCAUGACCGACUUCCCAGCACGCCUGUUCCUGGAGAAGGGCCAGCUGGAGUGCAGCGAGGAGGAGCAGGACGUCCUGGGCCAGGGGGGCAGCGGCACCAUCAUCUACAGGGCCAGGUACAGGGGGCUCCCCGUGGCCGUCAAGCGCUUCCACUUCAAGAAGUGCCGGCAGAAGUCGCUGGACCGCGGCACAGACACCAUGGUCAAGCACUUGCAGUCGAUGGACGCCAGCAGGAACUUCUCCGAGUUCCGGCAGGAGGCCAGCAUGCUCCACUCGCUGCAGCACCCGUGCAUCGUGGCCCUGCUGGGCAUCAGCGUCCACCCGCUCUGCUUCGUCCUGCAGCUGGCGCCCCUGGGCAGCCUCAACACGGUGCUGGAGGAGCACGCCAAGGGGGCUCAGUACAUGCCACUGGGCCACAUGCUGACCUUCAGGGCAGCCUAUCAGAUUGCAGUAGGGCUGGCCUAUCUGCACAGGAAGAACAUCAUCUUCUGUGACCUCAAGUCCGACAACAUCCUGGUCUGGUCCUUGGAGGUGCACGAUCCGGUCAACAUCAAGCUCUCGGACUACGGCAUCUCCCGGCAGUCGUUCCACGAGGGGGCGCUGGGCGUGGAGGGCACACCAGGCUACCAGGCCCCCGAAAUCAAGCCGGGCAUCGUAUAUGACGAGAAGGUAGACAUGUUUUCCUACGGCAUGGUCCUGUACGAGCUUCUGUCCGGGCGUCGGCCCGUCCUGGGCCAUCACCAGCUCCAGAUCUCCAAAAAGCUGUCCAAGGGCAUCCGCCCCGUGCUGGGCAGCCCAGAGGAGGUGCAGUUCUACUUUCUGCAGAGCCUGAUGGUUGAAUGCUGGGAUACCAAACCGGAGAGGCGCCCCCUGGCCAUGCCGCUGCUGCGACAGAUGCAGGACCCCAGCUUCCCCUGCUUCCGGUACCUUCUGCCCUGCGAGAGGCACAGCCAGCUGUUCCUGUCCUCGCAGCAGGGACACAGCGCCGUCUUCUGGGACGGGGACAAGGACAAAAGGAAUUACUCUGUGGUGAACAUAGAGAAAGGCCUGGUGGAAGUGAGGCGAAUGGCCUGUCCAGGACCCAAACUCAGCUGUCAGAUGAAGGUAGAAAGCUCGCUGUGGACCGCAACUGAGGACCAGCAUAUAUACAUCUACAGUCUGAAGGACAUGUGUCCUCUGAGCCACCCCCAGAAGGAGCUGUCCUGCCCAGCAGUGGUCUCCUGCAUAUUCACUGUGCCUGCCAAGAAAGAUACUCUUCCUCUGGUGUUUGUUGGCAUGGCGGACGGGCUGGUAGCCGUGUACACGCUGGUGAACGACAUGCCGCUGGACGGGGAGACCUACCUGUGCUCCCACACGCUCAACAAGUCAGUGUUUAAGCUUGAGGACGACGACCCCCGGCUGAAGCCGUACCCGGUGAGGAGCAUGGUGCUGGCGCACAGCGGCUCCGAGGUGUGGUACAGCAACGGCCCCGGGCUCCUGGUCAUCGACUGCCUCUCCCGGCCCCUGAGGGCCGUCCGGCGCCUGGACCCCUACCUGCACCCGUCCACCGUGACGUCCCUGGCCUCCAGCUCAGGCAGCGGCUGGGUGGAGGAGGCGGUGUGGUGCCUGGACGACCUGACCAACACCCUGCUGAUGUACCACGCUGCCAGCUACCAGCUGUGCGCCUCCUACAGCUGCGGGGACGCCAACCCGCUGAGGGACACCUUCGCCGUUCAGAGGCCGACGGGGGUGGAGCCGGCCCCUCCUCCUUUCCCGGAGAAGGACAGCCCCGCCAAGGACCCCGCCCCCGGGGAGGUGACGGUCCUCCACAGCGAGGAAUCGGGCACGCAGAUCAUCUGCCACCAGGACUCACUGACGGACUACUGCUCCAUGACGUCGUCGUCCGUCUCGUCCGAGCAGCUGGGGCACAUGGGCCGGUCCAGCUCGGGGGCGCUCAGCUCGCUGGCCAGCUCGGCCAGCAUGCCCUUCUCCACGGACUGCGAGGACCCCUCCCCGGGCGAGGGAUUGGACCCCGCCCCACAGAGCCACGCCCUUUCAGACCAGCAGAGCCACGCCCCUUCAGACCAGCAGAGCCACACCCCUUCAGAACAGCAGAGCCACGCCCCUUCACACCUGCAGGCACUCAGUGUGCUGCCAGUCAGAGGAACCCUGUGGAUUCCCAGGCGUGGUGGUGACGUGAUGGUGAUCGAGCUGCAGCAGCAGGACGAGCUCCUGAGGGGACGGGUCAUCGCGGUGCUCAGCGGCCCCGGGCUGGCCCAGCACGGGACGCUGGUUGAAGCUGCUUUGGUCGCGAAGGACACUGUUGUGUGCGGCUUUUGCAAUGAAAACAUGGAGUGGUGCCUGGCUGUCUGGCGGGGCUGGGGAGCCCGAGAGCUGGAAGUCUUCUACCAGUCCUACGAGGAGCUGGGACGGCUCGAGACCAGCAUGAGAAGAAGAAGGUAGCUCUUGUGCGGCGCAGAAUCGGAGCUCUGUGUGGGCCGGGCUCGGGGAAUACACGUUGACAGGCCGCACUGUUCCGAGCGAGGGGGGCCAGCACGCCGUGACAUCAGCGCCACGCACAGGGGGGGUGGAGCCAUCGGGGUUCAGGUGUUGGAGGAGGGGGGGGUUCGGAAUACCCUGUGGGGGAGCGCUUCUCUCCCGCAGACCCUCUUCCACGGACCCGUCAACAGCACAUUGCAGUACUGCACUGCAGCACUUGACCUGGGAUAUGACGACUGUACAAGAGGGACGUCUGUUGCUGGAUGUGACAUGGAGCCUUGGGCCUAACACUGGGCCAGUGUGCCAGCACCUCCACAGAGAGGAGCGACUGAAGCUCUUCAGGGGAGGAGUGGGGAGGAGCAUCGGACAUCAAGUAAACAGCCAUAUCAACUUGCAUGUCGAUUUACCCCUAAACCAUCUCAAAACACUCGAGGGUCAAAGUGGCUCUUUGUGGGUCUCGGCAGAGUAGGGGGGAGUGGUUCAGGAAACAAACAAAAGUGAGAGAGUCAAACGCCGGCACUAAAGAAAAUGGCAGAGACUCCUGCCAAAUCUGUGAAGAUUAGCUGCCGGGAGUUUGGGAAGAGGACUGAAGACAGGAUUUUAAUCUUUUGAUAGCGUCAGAGACCGACCAUCUGUUUCGAGUCCGAAGCAGCUCCGCCUGAGACUUGAGACAGCUGUCCUGCAGGAGAGGCCCGCGCUGGGUGACCGUUCCCAUGGGCACUGCGUUUCCCGAGAGACGGCAUGAAAUGUAUUUGUAAUUUAUAGUGAGCGGUAUACUCGCUCUCUGCAUGUGUAAAUAGAACAGAACCGUGUUGUAUAUAUUAAAAUAUCUAUGUAAACCA